CAUGUCGGUGGCGUUCGUGCCGGAGCGGCUGCGCGGGAAGGCGGAGGUGAACCAGGAGACGCUGCAGCGGUUGCUGGAGGAGAACGACCAGCUGAUCCGGUGCAUCGUGGAGUACCAGAGCAAGGGCCGGGCCACCGACUGCGUGCAGUACCAGCACAUCCUGCAUAGAAACCUCAUUUAUUUAGCUACAAUUGCUGAUGCGACGCCACCCAGCACGCAGAAGACCGUAGACUGACUGCACAUGCCUGGACACGAGCAGUGAUGCUUUAAGAAUUUGUAGAAAUAUGUAGUUUAGAGUCCCACUGUGAGAGCUGAGAAGUUGUGGUCUCGAAAGGCAGGUAAAAAGUCAUCCAUACUUCUAUGUUAAAAAUGUGAAUGUAGUUUGUCAUGUAAUACUAGGCUAGCUUUUUUCCCCAUUACUGUCAGCAGAACUUAAGCGUGAUAGUUACCACACUCCCUUUUUCCCUCUGAAAACCUCCAUGUAGGAUACUCUUGAAAAUAGCCUGGUUGUCAGGACCGCACUACCAGAGAUGCUUUUGGAGAACUCUUGCAGUCUCAUUGAAGCAGAGACUGUUUCACGACUAAGGCUGUGUAACAACAGGGUCAGCAUUUAGCUAGGUAACUUCUACCUCCAGCAUGACAAAGUCAGUCAUACAUUGCCAUAUAUAUAUAAGCAGUACACUUUUGUAUCUUGUAUCAUAGGAAUUGUGCUUAAUAAACUAAAGAAAGAUAUUCUUUGUAAAUUAUAGUAUAUUCUGGAUUAAUGUAACAUGUUAAUGAAGGAGUGGCUCAGUAAUUUAGUGAAACAGAAAUGUUAACUUUUAUAGGAAAGAUGGAACUGUCGCGUACAUUAGAGCAAUUAAGUGCAGGGGAGAAAUCCAGCCUCUACUUCAGUGAGAAGGCUGUGCGUUUGCCCCAGUUGUGUCAAGACUUUUCCUUUUUUGCUUGCAAUGCUCUGUACUGUAGAUUCUGUAAACAAGUAAAGUCUUGCAUCAUCAAAAUGGA